AAUCAUCAGUUUCCACACACUUGCUUUCCGUCCCUUUCCACACACUUCCUUUCCUUCCUUUCCCCUUCAAAUUUCCUCGGACUAGGUUUACCCCUUUUUCUUCACUUAUAAACCCCAACCAUUCAAUCCAACUUCCAAUUCACAUACUAGAGUUUCCAUACACACACAUAUUAAUUCUCCUCACUGAUUCAACUCCGAUCGAUCAAUUUCACGAAAUCAUGAUUGUUCACGAUUACAAGGAUUCGUCUUCAGAAUCGAGAACCGAGACUUUGAGUGGGUCGCAGAAUUUCACGAUAAGGGGGUAUUCGUCGUUGAAGGGAAUGGGUCCGGGCAAUUACAUAUCGAGCGAUAGUUUUUCGGCGGGAGGCUAUGAUUGGAACGUUCUGUUCUAUCCCGAUGGGAAGAAACCGGAGCAUUCCAUGUACGUUUCGAUGUACGUCAGGUUGGAGAGCGAAGCGACGAAUGUGGAGGCCCUGUUUGAGCUCACAUUGUUUGAUCAGAGUGGGAAAGGAAAUCACAAAGUUAAUAGUCAGGACAAGGGUCCUUAUAUUCUCAAGCACAGACGCAGUAUGUGGGGUUACAACCGUUUCUUCUCCAGAGCAAAUUUAGAAACUUCUGAUUACAUAAAAGACGAUUGCAUUGCCAUUCAUUGCACUGUGGGAGUCCUCAAAACUCAUGUUGACGGACCUAAACAGUAUAGCAUUUCUGUACCACCAUCAGACAUGGGCCUGAGUCUUGGGGACUUGCAGGAAUCUGAAAUUGGUUAUGACAUAAUUUUUCAGAUUGGUGAUGAGACUUUCAAAGCUAAUAAAUUGAUGCUUGCUGCUCGGUCUACUGUAUUUAGAGACCUGUUUAAUGGAUUUAUUGGAUAUUCUAACGUGGAUAAAGUAGUAUUGGAGGAUAUUGAACCCUCUAUCUUCAAGGCUCUACUCAUGUUUAUAUACUCAGAUAAGCUUCCUGAGAUACAUGAAAUUAUGGGAUCAGCUUCUAUGUGCACAUCUACAAUUAUGGUGCAGCAUCUGUUGGCUGCCGCUGACCGAUUCUGUUUAGAUCAGCUGAAAGAAUUAUGUGAAGCAAAAUUGUGCGAAGAAGUCAAUGCAGAUAUAGUGACAACGCUACUUUCCCUAGCUGAGCAACACCAGUGUCCACAUCUCAAAGCCAUCUGUGUGAAAUUUGCAGCAAUAAACUUGGAAGGUUCAUCUAGUCUGUUGAAUUGGAACAGUGCAAUGCUUCAGUCACUAUUCAGUCAGAAUAUUUAGGAGAGUACUGCCCUCAGUUGUUGUCUGAGCUGCUGGAAACAACUGCAUCAGUGGAUGAGAAUUCAACUGUUGAUAAGGAAGAGAAGUGGUAGCAGCUUUUCUGUGCUAGAUCUAGCACCAGUUGGGGCUGCAGGGGAAUCCAUGGAUCCCGUUGUCAGGUGCAUGCAGUGGUGGAUAUAGUGAACAUGACAAUGUUAUGGGCAAAAAACUUAGUGUGCGUAGCAUGUUUAUAUUAGUGUUUCUUGGUUUUACUUGAUGGUUGAUAAAAUUAUAUAAUGUUUUCCUUGAGGAUGAAUUUUUUUCCUUUGCCUUCUGCAUUGCCCUCUCUCUUCAGAAUGUGUUUAGAAGUUCAUUUGAUCAUUCUAUGAUAGAUGGAGAUUAAUAAAUUGGUCAUUUGUUU